UUUACAUUUGAUCGGUUCGAGCAAUUCUCGGAAACACCCACAAAAAAAUUAGUAGCUGAGACUUGUGUUUCCGUAAUUAAUUUCCACCCUAAUUUACCGUUUAUUAUAGCAGCCGGAACUUAUACUGGUGCAAUAAUCAUUUGGAACAUCCAAAACGAUGACGACGAUAAUGUUAUAGUGAAAAUCCAAGCUCACGAAGAAAAUAUAACCCAACUUUCUUGGAUUUCCGAUUUAGAUGACCCAAAAAUCGUGAUUUUGGCUUCUUCGAGUUUAGACGGUUGUUUAUGUUUGUGGAAUUUUAACUCCGAAUUAGAAAUUAAACACAAGUACAAAAUAAAAUCGCCGAUUUUACCAAAAUCACCAAGAUUAUUACAAGUACCGGAAGAGAUAGCAAAAAAAAUUGAAAGAGGGGUUAUUACAUUCGAUUUUUCCCCCUACAUUAGAGAUAUGUUCAUCGUUGGGGUUGAAGGAGGAUUAUUAGUGCAAUGUUCUUUAUUGGGAACUGUGCCUUUAAAAGGAAGCACUAAAGAAGUACCAAUAUCAGAUCCGGUUUAUAAAUAUUUCGAGCCCCACGAAAGUGAUAUUGUUAAAGUGCAAUUUUCCCCAAAUCGAAAAGAGAUGUUUUUUAGUUACACAAAUAGCGGGCAAUUAAGAAUUUAUAUUUUAAACGAAGAUGAACCAGCCCAAACGAUUUUUAUCAACACUUUCCUCGAUUUAACAUUUAUCCCAUUCCAUGAAAAAAUCAUCGCCGGUUGCGGCUCAAAAGGAUCAAUAGAAAUUUUCGGGUUGCGCUCAACAAAUUCGCUUCAUUCGAUUGAAAAUUCCAAUUUUGAAAUUACAAUGACACGAAUGGAAUUAAACCGAUCUAGAGUUUCUACGGUUGCUGUGGGAAAAAAUAACGGCGUUUUGGAGUUAUGGAGUGUUCCAUGGAGUUGUUUUAAUCAAGAAGAAAAUUAAUUUGAGGUUAUUGUUUUUUUAUUAAUUAAUAAAAACGAAACCCGGAGAAAAUAAAUA